CGCUGCGGUGCCUGAGCAGGUUGUGUUGCCCCGGCCAGCUCUUGGCCACAUGGAUGGGCAGCCAGCGACCUGGGGACAGUCACCUUUGCCACUGAGCCACCAGCCUGCUUGGAGAGACACCAGCGCCCCGUGGGAAGCACCAGACCUGACUUGUUGUUGUCCCUGCCGACUCUGGCUCACCGGCACAGGUGGAAAAGCUGGAAACAGAAGAGCCCUCAACAUGUUAGUGCAUGAAGAUCUACUUAUCUGCACAAGUAGAAGUUAUUGGCCACCCAGUUCUCCUUCAUUUGGGGCCAGAAGAUGCAUCUGAAGUGGAGAAACCAGGCAGCAUGCUGGGGGAAGUGAGGCUUCUGUCCUGCUGGAGUGGGAUGUGACUGGGAGCGCUUGUGGAAUAACAGGUGUCUGUUGGUCAGCAACGUAUAUUUGCCUAAAGGUGCGUACUGUAUGGAAUCAGGCACGGGAGCUGUGUGGGCAGAAAUCCUGCAUGUUCUAAUUGAGCAGAGAGCUGGAGAUGGACCUAUUAAUCCUCCUACUGCUGUGCUGGGAGAGGCUGGUUCUUUGCGAGCAGCAGCCUCCAGGAGGUGGGAAAUGAACUGAGGAUCUCCAGAUACUCCCUGGAUGUGGUUACUUCCAGCUUGUUUUGUUUAAGCUGUCAUUUAUAUCUUAUAAAAGAAAAGUGUGUCUUUCUCCAUCUGUUAUUGUAGGCACUCAGAAUCACUGUGAGGCUCUGGCUGGAAACCCACAUGGGGGGAAGGUGCCUCUUGGGUGCACAGAAUAAGUUGCCGUAUUUGAUUGUGGAGUCCCCUGGGAGCUCAUCCUGGGGCUGCAUUUCCCAGCACAGGCAGCUCCUGUGCAGCCAAGGUGGGACCCGGGUGAUCUGCACCCCGUUCAGGACAAGGGCUCCUGCGGGAGGCUGGCGGGGCUUCUGGUGCUGAGGAGAGGGGAGUGUUUCCUUCAGAAACCUGGGACGCUUUUAAAGUUGCUUUUUGUUGAGAUCUGCAAGCACAGCCAGCUGCCGGGAAAGGGAGAACGGGCAGGGUUGCAGCACAACAAAGCGAUGUUUCUCUCCUAGAAAUCAGUUCUGAUCUGCGGUUUAGCAGCAGAAGAAAAUCAGUCUGAAUGGUUACUGCCCUCACCCAGGGCCAGGAAUCCAGAUUAAAAAAAAGAUAAGAAUGAGGCUGUUCUGGUCAGCCUGAACACUCCUCACAAAACACUGUGACCUUUCUUCCCUACACUACAGGUUUUCUUAUGACCGUGUUCCUAUUGUCUCCAAAACCCAAGCCAGCGCUCGGGUCCCUCUGCCUGUGACUGAAGGGGACACGAGAAUGAUAAAGCCACGUUGCCUCUUUCUUUUUUUUUAAAGAGUAUUUAGUCUUUACAUUUGCAGGGAAAGCCAAGGAGUGCAUACACUGGUGGUGUGAACGAUGGAGGUGCAAUUAUUGCUGUUAGUAAUGUACAGCCCGCUCUUUUGUUAAAACAUCUGUGAAAAGUUAGUGCUGACCCAGAACUUUCCAGAAGUGAUUGGAAAGUGUUGAUUUAAAAAAAAUCAAAGAUUGAUUUUAUACUCCCAGGGUUAGAUUGACUUUGUUGACAUUUUCACAGAAACUUAUCCGACAUUUUAAUUCUAAUUACUUUCUUGAUUUACUGAUAAAUCAAUAUAAAUUGAAAAUAUAUAACAACGUAAGUAUACAAGGAGGUAGAAGUCAGUACAAAGUUUUCUGUCUGAACACAUAUUCUAAAUUUUAGAGAAUUAAGAACAUGAAGAAGUACAAGAGACUAUUGUUUCCUUAACAUGGACCAAACUGUUGUGGAAAACCAUUUGCCAUUAUGUUACCAACCAGCUCUAUGUAAGAAAAAUAAUGUGAAUUUUAGUGGGUGAGCAUUGCACUGAUGGGAGAUAAGACUUACCUGUGCUGUAAUUGAUAAUUAGUAAAACUCCUUGGUGUGUUUCUGUGACAAUCUGAGCUGCAAAAAUACUUCUAAGUUCUCAGUUUUUGUUCAGGAUUUUUAAAAUUUAUCUUAAUGUAGUUACUUUGCCUUAUAUUUGUUUAAUUUUGCACUAAACUUUGAUAUAGUGAUGCUAAAAUCUUUAAAGACAUCUGCUACAAACAAGUUGUUGAACUGUUCUCUGGAUCAGUUUCCGUCUGUAUUUAAGCGAAACAGCUGGACACAAGCAAACAAGAGACACUUUAGAAUGACAAGAAGGUAAGAGAUUUCAAUCAGAACAAUGCCUUGCAGUGAUUUUAGCAAUAAAAUAAAAUUAACAGAAUAAUUAAAUAUUUAGGUUAUGUCUUACUGUAGCAGUGAAUAUUGAGUGCAUGCCAUAAAGUAAUGUGUAAGAAUGCAAAACCAGGAAAACGUGGUCUAAAUUUUGGCAACUACAAAGUUCAAAAGCAAAAUUUCAGAACUCAAAAGGUCACUUUCCUGAGAGCACAUUUAAUCCCCAUUUGGAACAGAAAUGUCAUUAGAGCCUGUGAAGAGGAUAUUCCAGGGUUCGAGUGGCCGUGCUCAGCUGAGCCGAAAAAGAUCAUUGCGAGAAUCAGUGUGACGUUGCAGAGACCUGUGGAUAAGUUUCAAUAUAGUAAAAGCCAUGUUCAGACAUUUAGUAGACAAGGAGAGGCAUAUUGUUGCUUCACUCUAGCUUUGCUAUGGCUUUGGAGAGGUAUUUAUAACACUUCUAUGACUUCUCUAUUGACAGAUCCGGCCACCUUGCUAUGUCUUACGCGAACCUCCCAGACCUCCGGUGAGGUGGGAGGUGCUGCCUUGUGCCGAAGCUGAGAAAACCCAUGUGAUGGUGGAGGUAAUUGUGACAAAACCAGGAUCCAAGCCAGUCUUUCAUGUCCUAGGUGAGUCCUUGUGCAUUAACUAUUCUGUUCCUCCAAGGACAGGUCCAUGGAGUAAGAAGAUGUCCUGUUGUAGGGGUUUGGAGAAGGUUAAUGCAGUGGGCUGAGUGGGAAAGGGGCCUGAGGUGCCUCCUGAUACGGACAGAACUGGGAAGGGACAGACAAAGCCCUGCCUGGGUCUGUGUUAGACAGCAGAGAGAGCACAAAAAUGUCACGCACCUGGUCAAACCUGUUCCUGGUGCUGGGGUUUUUCUCCUUUGGCUUUUUUUAGCGCUUGGCAAAGAGGGGAGAAAUAGAUGUUGUCUGGCUGCUUUUCUGCAGUUUCGCUCUCGAGGUAUUUUCAGUGCAGUGAUCUACGGGCACGGGGGCCCUGGCUGUGUGGUUUGCUUCCCUGUUUUUGGUGAGAGGCAAAGCUGCAGCCCUCCCAAACCCUCAGCUUGCACCCACAGCAUGGGCAGAGUCAGGAAUUAACCCAGAAGACAGUUGGCAUUUGGGAACAAGCACGUGGUCUGACACCUCCAUGGGGAAUGGGCUGUGCCCAUCCCACGGCUCCAGGUGCCUCUGGGUGCUCCCACACUCCCUGCCUGGAGCUGGGCAAAAUAUCCAGUGUUGUCAUUAUUGUGAUGAUAUAAUAGAUUUUGCAGUCAACAACAUUGUCCAGAAAAUAUCACUGCAUGUCAGUAUAGUCUGAAUUUCUCAGUAUGAUGUCGUUUUCUUACCACUGAAAUGACAUUUAUUAAAACAGCUUCAAAGGCCCCUUUACUUGCGCUGCUCCUGUUGAGUUCACAGAACAGCCAGCUGGUGUCUGCAGCGGAGGUGUCCAAUGUUCAGGAAUAUUUUGGAAUAUUGUUGGUGUUCGAUGGUCAGAUGAAGGAACAGAGUCUAGUGCAGCGGUGUCUGGCCUCUUAGGCAGUCGUGAAAAUGAAUCUUAACUUUUAUAGCAAUGGAUGAGGGAGGAUCUGAAGAGCAAAAGGGAGCCCGUAUAAGACAAAAUGGCUUCUUGUUUCACCCACAAAUAAUUCACACUGCACUGCUCCAACCUUGCAAAGCAGAUUUUUCCCCUAGGCAGAUGCUGCUGCAGGAUGUUUGGGGAUCAAAGAGUUUGGAGUACCUCAGUGCAGGGGUCUGUAGUGAAAAUGUUUUGCUGCUAUAGAGAAAAUGCUGGCUGUGCCUCACGUAGUCCCUGCCUGGCAAACAGAAAAGCAAAAACACAUGUUUUUUGUUCGAGGUUGCUGAGAAUGUUAAUGAAAGGCAAUUAGAAAGGAUGUGGUGGUUGGUCCCUAUGUAUUAAUCUUUAUUAGAGAUAAUUUUUCCCUUGUAAACGUGAUGUGCCAUCAGGUUUCUGUCCCGAGUGUGCUUUGUGAGACAUUACAUGGAAGAGUGUGGAAAGUAGCUGUUAAUUUCCCCAAAGUGCUUUUAGCAGACUUGCAGAGAGCCAGCUAACCCGAGCCAGGGUGGCACCUGAGCCGCUGGGGGAGCAGCUGAGGACACCGCUGUCACUCUUGUCUGCACCACGUAAUGCAGUCCAGCACCUCUGAACGGUGGGUACAGUUCACCAGGGUUGCAUAGCUUGGGGUGGUGGUGUAGCUUUCUUUCAUUAGCCAUUUUUAUUUGAGUGGCAACUACUUUAAUGUGGCAACAGAAGUUAAUUGUAAGUAAUUACAUGAGUGACAACAUCAGUUUUAUUCCUCCUCUUGGCGAUCUCCCGCUUGGUACAGUGCAUGCAUUCACUGGCAGGCAGAUGUAUGGCCCCAGCAUAAGCAAGUUACCUCUGAUAAUUGAGCUGGGGCUCUGCCAGGACACCUGGGUACCGGCAGUCCCGUGAGGACAUCCUGGUCAGUACUUUUCCAGAUGCCACGGAACUUCUUCAGGGGUGUGCAAUGGUCUGGCGUGACCAGAGAUGUAGCAGUAAAUAGGCUGUAGGGCUUUUGAGGACACCAGACAUUUUCUGUCACAUAGUUAUCAGUGUUGCACCAAAGGUCACGUUCUCUGUCAGGUCACAAGUGCUUCAAUGAUUUUUGGUGACAGGAACUUGUUAUCUUAUUUGUGCUAGGGCUGGAGGUACUUUAUACUGAAACAUAAACUGUAAAAAUAACAUUGGAGCAAAAAUGUCGGAUUUCUUCCUCCUUUUUGCGAUUUUCCACUUGAUUUGGUGUGUGUGUUCCCUGGCAGACAGAUAUAUGUCCCUGACGCAUUUUAAAGAUCAAGAAUGACCCUGAGAAGGAGUGACCUGAAACCUGCAUUAUCCCUGAAGCACCAGGAGCAUCCAUCUGGCUCCGACUCAGUGCCCGUGGGACACCGACGGCAGCUCCGUGACACGCAGAGGGGCAGGGGACUCUGCAGGUAGCACCGCUGAACUAUGUAAAUGCUGUUAACACCUUUUCUUUAUCUUUUGAAAUGCAAAACCAAAGGUAAGUGUGCAGUUCUUUCUUUUUAUCCCUUUAUAGUCUUUCUAUAGCCCUCUGGGAAACCUCCGCUAUAUAAAAUUCUCUCCUUUUCCUCAUUUCCUCAGUGCUCAAAAUAACCUGCACCAAAAGUAAACAUUUCAGUGAAUACUUCAACAAAAUGAAAGGCGUGUAUUGUGAUACCAUUCGAGCUCAGUUUUGAAGACCUCUAAGUUCAUGCCCUCAAAAGAAAGCCCAGCAAUGUUUUUGUUCAGGGUUUAUAUUCCAUCAUAAUUCAAAGCAGAAAAUGCUUGUUUGUAGGAAAUAACUCAAAGUGCUCUACGAUUAAGCUCUUGAGAGACGUCCUUUCCAACGGAGACACCGAACGCUCACAUACCCAGGCCUGAUGCAGCCGACAAGCGGCACCUGAAUCAGUUUUGGCCGAGGAGCUGUUCCCGUGCCCAUUGUGCUGGUCAGAGAGGCUGCGGGGCUGCAACUCCCCGUGAAAUGGAGGGUGAGAGCUGCAGGCGUUUAUUUUAGAAAAGCCAUAAAGAUAAGCUAUGCAAUGGGUCUGGAUUGACAGUCUCCUUAGAGGCUGAAAUGGGGCAGAAAUACUGCUGGAGUGAUGGUGUCCAGCCCCAGGUCACUGCUGUAGCUGUGCCACCACACUGCCCUGCCUGCGCACUGGGCAACCCCUCCUUUCUGCAGGUAACCUUUGCCCAGCAAUUAACUCUGCUUUUGGGAGGCAGAAUCAAAGCAGCAAGUGUGCUGUAACGCCAGAUCGGAGCUGAUAAUGUAUUCCUCCCUUCCUCGGUCCUUUGCCAGCACACAGAUCAGCCUGUUAAGGAAUCAUCUCCCAAAGCAUCAGUGAGGAGCAUCGCUGGCUGUACCAUGGCAGAGCAGAGCUGGAGACAGAGCGGGAGCCACAGCAGAACUCCCGAAGAGACAGGAAAUCGAGUGCUGGGCUGAGCGAGGAGGUGUUGGCGUGUACUCUGCAGGUGGCUCGGAUGUGGCAGCACAUAGUCUGUUACUGACAAGCAGAGCAAAUACAGAAAUAAUCUCCAGAGAUGUUUUGCAGAUAUUUUUGCUUCUUCAGUUUGUGUCUUUUCCUUCCAAUCCAAAGAAGGUGCUCCCUGGGUCACGUAUCCAACUUGCAGAGCAGCGACACAAGGUCCCUCCCUGGAUUUGAGAACCUCACCAUGGGAUACAACAAAUACCUCCGGCCCUACUUUGGCGGAGACCCUGUUCAAAUUGCAAUGACUCUGGACGUCGCAAGUAUUUCUAGUAUAUCUGAGAGCGACAUGGAUUACACAGCUACGAUCUAUCUGCAGCAGCGCUGGACAGACCCCCGCUUGGUCUUUCAUGGCAACAAGAGCUUCUCGCUAGAUGCUCGUCUCGUGGAAUUGCUCUGGGUACCAGACACGUACAUUGUGGAGUCCAAAAGGUCCUUCCUGCACGAUGUUACUGUGGGGAACCGCCUCAUCAGGCUGUUCUCUAAUGGCACUAUCUUGUAUGCCUUAAGAAUCACUACUACUGUUGCUUGUAACAUGGACCUGUCAAAAUACCCCAUGGACACACAAACAUGCAGACUGCAGCUAGAAAGCUGGGGAUAUGAUGAAAACGAUGUUGUCUUCACGUGGUUGAGAGGGAAUGAUUCUGUCCACGGCUUGGAGAAGUUGCAGCUCUCUCAGUACACAGUGGAACAUUACUACACCCUGGUCUCGAAGUCACAGAUGGAAACAGGCAAUUACCCACGACUGAUAUUGCAGUUCGAGCUGAGAAGAAAUGUCCUUUACUUCAUUUUGGAGACCUACGUGCCCUCCACUCUGCUCGUCAUGUUGUCCUGGGUUUCUUUUUGGAUCACAUUGGAUUCAGUGCCUGCAAGAACCUGCAUUGAGCACGUGCAGAAGGACAGGCCAAGCUUUUCCAGUGUGUCUGCAAGAGAAGGUCUUUCCUUUUCUGCUUUCCAAGGAGUAACAACAGUGCUUUCCAUGACAACUCUGAUGAUCGGCUCACGAAGUUCACUUUCGAAAACCAACUGUUUCAUUAAGGCCAUUGACGUUUACCUCGGCAUCUGCUUCAGCUUCAUCUUUGGUGCCCUGGUGGAAUAUGCCAUGGCUCACUACAGCUCAUCACAGAAAUGUGGAGCUAAAGCACCUCAAGAGGGGCCUGCAAAUGAACUCACUAAAGAAAUGAGAGAAGUCAACAUCACUAACGUCCUCAACAGCUCCAUCACCAGCUAUAAACAGAAAAUCAGCUUUACAAGCAUUGAGAUUUCAAGUGAUAAUGUGAACCGCAGUGACUUGACCAUGAAAACUCAUGAGAAAAUCAAAUGUGUCUUGAGAAACAAAAUGCACAGGAUUAUUGGUUAUUUCACAAUUCAGAACCCCAGCAAUGUAGACCACUACUCCAAAUUGCUUUUCCCUUUGUUUUUCCUGCUGGUCAAUGUGUUUUAUUGGGCCUAUUACCUAUAUUUUUAGUAGAAAUGAGUCGCUUCAUUUUCCUACUUCAGCAGGGGAGAGGAAUCUUGCCAACGGGCAUCCAGGUAUGUAACCUCAGUGAAUCCAACGUGGACAAAAUGCUCUGUUGCAUUUCCUGAGGUGCAGAGCAGAAGAGUGUGUGAAGCGUGCGAGAUUCAAAGCCUUGGUGCUCCAGCAUUGGCAACAUUGACUCUGGACAACUGCUUGUUCAGCUGAGUGGCUGUGCUGGGCUCCUGUGCUUGUACCUGCUUUUCGUUCCAGCAUCCCACCUCUCACCUGGCCAGGGGUGGGUGUGUAGGACAGCAUGUGGCAGGCCAUAGAGUGCUACAGGUGCCAGAAUUAUCUCAGUAUUCAGAAGCAGGCUGUAACCUUCUAGUUUAGAUGUCCAAGAGGAUGUAGGAUAAGAGCUGUUAUUCUUUGUUUGCUAGAGAGAACAGCAGCAGAGGGACUGUGACUGCUGUCUCAAUAGCUCCUGUGUCUGAGGUUCUCCUGCCCCUCUACUCUGCCCUGGGGAGACAACAUCUGGAAUAUUGUGUCCAGUUGUGGCCCCUCAGUUCCAGCUGGACAGGGAACUGCUGGAGAGAGUCCAGCGCAGCCACCAAGAUGCUGGAGGGAGUGGAGCAUCUCCCGUGUGAGGAAAGGCUGAGGGAGCUGGGGCUCUGGAGCUGGACAAGAGGACACUGAGGGGUGACCUUAUUAGUGUUUACAGAUAUAUAAAGGGUGAGUGUCAGGAGGAUGGAGCCAGGCUCUUCUCAGUGACAACCAAUGAUAGGACAAGGGGCAAUGGGUACAAACUGGAACACAAGAGGUUCCACUUAAGUUUGAGAAGAAACUUCUUCUUAGUGAGGGUGGCAGAGCCUGGCCCAGGCUGCCCAGGGGGGUUGUGGAGUCUCCUUCUGUGCAGACAUUCCAACCCGCCUGGACACCUUCCUGUGUAACCUCAUCUGGGUGUUCCUGCUCCGGUGGGGGAACACAAAAUGCAGCCAGCAAAAUUGUUUUGUAACCCAUAUACUCUUCCUGUUGUGCUGCAGUUCAGCAGAUAAUGCUACCAGCUCCCAUGUCUUCCUCACAAACAGAUUAUUUUUCAUGCUGGGGAGUGCCUCCUUCGGCUCUCACUGCUACAAGCAGCUCUUGUUUCUUGCCAGCCACAGGCAAGUGGCCAAUUUGUCAUCCCCUGCUUCAUGUGGCUGUGCAGCUGUGGCAAGAGAGCAGCGCUGCUGGGUGAAAAACCCAGGCAUGGGCUGAGCCACAAUGAUCUAAAUCAGCCUUUCACUCUUUAUUUUAGGCUGACACAGUGUUAUGUUUCUGCAGAAAUUCAGAAUCAAAGGGGGCUCUGGGAACUGUCAGUCAGCUUUGUUUAUCCUGCAAUCAGCAGGACCUGAGAGCUUUGUUUUAGAAAUAAAUUAACUACGUGGCACACACAGUUUAUGUUUGAGAACUGAAUGCCAUUUGGUACUGUGCAGCUUAAGGCUACUGGAAGACUUCCUGAUUUUAAAAUGAACGCUUUAUGGCAGUUUUUCCCCCUCCUUUUUUGGUCUGUGCAACUCUCAUAACUUUCAGGGCAUGAUCCUGCAGUGCUGUAGGCAAAGCAGUGGUUGCCUGCAGGGGCUGCGGCUCAGCGGGAGCUUUGGCUGAAUGAGGCGUCUGAGCGUGUAACUCGUGUUGCAGCCUCAUGCACGUGGUGUUUGCUCAGUGUAAAAGUCUCGUACUGGGGUUUCCUAUAGGAGGUGGGAAAAGCACGCAAAAAUAUAGAUUUUUUUUUUUUUUUACUUUAAUAACUUUUUAUCGAACCGCUUCACCACACUAUAUUGGGAAGGAUCUAAACCACAUAUUCAUAAAUCAUGGCUUUUACAAAGAGCGGCACAAGAAGACAAAGGGGACCAGACUGACUAUGGCAAGUGAAUAAACACAAACUCCAAUAAUGAAAUGUUGGCUUGUAUAUACUGGCAUUUAAAGUCCAUUCCAUAAAAUGUAAUAAAGUGAAUGUUUGUGAUAUGAACACAACCCCCCUGGAGAGAUCUUCUAUUAAAAAAAUCAUUACCUUC